AAGCGUGCUGACUAAGCCCAUCCCGUUGAAGAAAUGGUUCUGCUGGUGGCUAUAGCAGAAGUGCUGUUGGUUCUGGGCCUGGCUGUGGAGUCAGAAUCUCUGUGCUCCCCCACUACCUUUUACAAGAACUGCUGGAUCCGGCGCUUCCCAGGUCUUCUGAUUGACCUGCAGGAGUCACGGAAGAGAGGAGCUCAGGUGCUGAAGAUUUAUGCAGAAGUCUCACCCCAACAGUGCAGCAGAACCUGCUGCCUUCUGAGCAAUGUUUCCUGCAAUCUAGCAGUGUUCUACUAUGGAGCCAUUCAUGAGAAUAUGAAUUGCCUGCACAUGUCUUGCCCAGCAUUGGAAAGUUGCAUACUAAAGGCUAGAACCAAUGUCAUUUUGUACAAUAUCACAACAGGGAUUGAUCCAGACCUCCUUCUUUUUGAAAAAUUGACAUCCCAAAAACCAAAUACUCAGUCCUCAACAAGUAAUUACAAAAUGCUAAACUGCACUAAGACCACUGAGUUGGAAAGAUGUCAAUAUCACAAUGCCACAUCAAGUUCUCUUCUGCUCCAAGCUCCAUCUUCUACCACUAGCCAUGGCUCAACAGCAAACCCUCACACCUCCAGCAAAAGCCUGAUGGUUCAAAAAACUGAAGUUACUACUUAUUCCAGGGCAGAAACCUUUCCACCCAAUGAUCGUUUUACUGGGAGGACAAGUACAACUUCAGUAAGCAGGACAAUCACCAGCUCAGACAAGAAGACUGUACACUCCACUUUGAUACCCAAGUCUGCCAAGGUAUUAUCCCACAUGCCCACUCCUCCUCAUCUCAACAGCAGUAAGCAACACUCAAAUGAAACCAAAGGCUACAGUGGUAGGAAUUAUACUUCAGAUGAGGCACCUGCUUGGGAAGCUGCAGCGUUGGGUAUCUGGUUGAUUCCUGUUGUUCUUUGCACUUCUCUAAUCUUCCUCUGCUUUUGCACUGUGGCUUUCACAGCAGGACAUUGCAGAAAUAAGAAAGGUCAGUAUAAGCCCAUAAGAAGAACAAUGCCGAGGCGAAUCAUAAAAUAUUCUACCGUCAAAGGUAAUUUGUAA